AUGACAGAUAAUCAUUAAGUUCCCUUUGGGAGUGGAAUGUUUUAAGGACAAGCAAAGUUUGUGGAUUAUGCUCAUAUGAAUUAAUAAGAAGUGUAAGUGAACACUUUAGAUGAGCCAGUUAUGGAUACUUUAUUGAGAGAUAUUAAUAUGAUUCUUUACAAAUUGUCUUAUGUCAUAAUUCCAAGGAUGAAAGAGACCCAAGGAAGAAAAUUGAGAAAUUGUAAAAGAUUAGAUUAAAUUAAAAUAGGGGAUUUAUGGGGACCAUUGCUCUUGUCAUUGUUGUUAGCAAUGACACUAGGAAUAAAUUCUAAUCAAUCAUCUGAUACUAUCUUUGGGACAAUCUUCAUAAUUAUGUGGGGAGGGUCUGCAGUGAUAACAGUAAAUGCAAAGUUGUUGGGUGGAUAGGUUUCAUUUUUUUAGAGUGUUUGUGUGCUUGGUUAUUGUGUAUUUCCAAUAAAUGUGGCUGCUGUUUUGAUAACUUUCCUUUAAUCAUAUUUGGGAUUCUUCUUAAGAUUAAUAAUUGUUGGUGCUGCAUUUCUCUGGUCAACAUUUUCUUCACUGUCUUUUAUGAGCAGUAUGAUGAAUGAAGAGAAGAAAGUCAUUUCUGUAUAUCCAAUAUUUCUCUUUUACAUGUUUCUGUCUUGGUUUUGCAUUUUUAUUUGAUUUAUAGAUUACAAUUUAUGAUCAUAAGCAUUUAUUUUAA